AUGGAAUUUACAAAUGUAAAAUGUACUCCCGUGGAUAAGGAUUUUAGCGAUUUCGAAUAUUGCUAUCUGAAAGCUGCAAACCGCACAUAUAAAUACUUGUCACUCAAGGUUCGGCUGUACAAGACACCAGUUCAUCAAUUUUCGGUGAAUGUUGCGUUCAAUAAGCGGUCGAAUGGUCUGUUGCCGAUUAACUAUAAUGUAACUUUUAAUGGCUGCAAAAUGGUAGCCGAUAUCGGGAACCCCUGGAUGACAUUUUUGUUCGGCGUGAUUAAAGAGUACUCAAACAUUAACCAUUCAUGUCCCUAUGAUCAUGAUCUAAUUGUGGAUAAGCUGCCCGCUCAAUUCUUUCAGCAACGAUUCAAAGCAUUAUUACCAUUUCCUGAAGGCGAUUAUGUUUUUAAUAGCAAUUGGAUAGCAUACGGUAUAAAUAGGGCCAAUGUGAGGGUCCACUUUUCGUAUUCGUAA